AUGGCGGAAUCAACAGAGCUAUCUACCUCGCAUCACAGCAAAGAAAUCGCCCUUCCGCAGACUCCCAUCCAUACAGAGAACCCCAACACACCAAAACCAACGUCUCUAUUUGGUAAGACACCAUAUUCAUUUGUGCUUCACAGUUUGUGCAGACCUGCAUCUAAAAUACAAAAGGUACGCCAAAACACACUGAAGAGUCAGAUUCUUCAACUGUUCUAAAUGGAGCUCUCAAAGGAGUCAAUCUUGACGGUCGUAUCACCAUUCAAGUUGGCAACAAACGAUUUACCACUCUACAACAAACACUCACCGACGAGAGUGAAUAUUUCCGCUCCAUACUAUCUCGUUGGAAGGAGAAUGUCAUUCAAAAAGAUGGCUCCUAUUUCUACGAUGGAGAUCCAGUCCUCUUCGCCCAUAUUCUUCAAUACCUUCGCCGUGGUGUUCUCCCUGUCUUUCAUGACAAUUCCCGCGGUCACGAUCACACCUUGUACAGCGCGCUUCUCGUUGAGGCGAAAUACCUUCAAAUUGAUCACUUGGUAAAGUGGAUUGAGCAGAAAAAGUAUCUCGAAGCUAUCAAGGUGAGCUUUGAAGGCCGAGAGGUGAGCCCUGGAAGUUCAGCAGACCCUAGCCAGGUUUUAUUUACCGGAUCGACGAUUGAUGGCGAUGUGGCCUACUUAGUUCCCCCUUUCUUUGCUUCCUGGUGGGCAGGCAAUGAUGGCAACCGUGCAGCUCAAAUCAGUAUGUCUAAAGAUGACGAACUGGCAACCAAGGUUAUCAUGAGGAAAACUGAAAUUGAUUACGAUUUGUGCUGCUCUUGGGUACCGGAGGAUUAGGGGUGUUACUCGAUGGGAAGGUUGAUUUUGAGAUAAGCUCAGCUGGCUGAGAGAAUCCUAUAUCAGAAAGUCAAUCAACCACAUUUUUAUGACGCUGUCUAGGCCAACGGAAAAUCACGGUGGAAAAGGAAUCAAGUGAUACUGCUGCUUAUUUAUUUUUCUGCUCCUUCUGUUCUUGGCUUACAUAUCUGAGGCUCAACAAUCGGUACAUAACUCUAGAAGCUUUUGAUUGGUAUUUGCAAGAUCCCGUCACAAUUUACUUACCCCGCAAGUGAUUCGUUACGUGGCAUCAAGUUCAUACCAGUUACUCGUUCUCACCAAAUACUUCAUGUUUGUUUUCUG